AUGAUCGAUCUCAAGAUCGUGGGCAGCCUGUGCGUGCACCCCUGCGCCUUUGCCUGGAAGCUCAACCGCGGCAUCCGAGGCAUGCCUCAAGCCAUGCUCGCCAUGCGACAAUUUCAACCACCGGCACCAGCAGCACCAGCAGCAGCUGGAGCAGCUGGAGCAGCAGGAGGAGGAGAGGGUGGGAAAUCUCUGGGUGGUAGCCCUGAUGCCGCUGGUGGAAGCAAAGUGCAAGGCAAAUCGCGUGGCGGGGUUGUGCAGAACGAGGUGCGGUGUCUGGAGCGCAACAGGGAGGCGCUGAGCCCAGCGUGGGCGGCCAUGGAGGAGCAGCAGGCUGUGCAGCUGUCCCCCAAGCUGGCAGCCGUGGUGGCGAUCGUGCGCACGGCGAUGCUCAUGGGCGAGAAGGUGGUGGUGUUUGCAGAGGAGCACGUUCACCUGGACCUCGUGGUGGGGUCGCUGUGCCACGCCCUGAACUGGACACAAGACGAGCAGGUGUUGAGGGUGGACGGCAGCAUGACUCAGGCGCAGCGCAGCGACGCCUUCGAGCGGUUCCAGAAGGAGGUGGUGCCGCAAGCAGCGGUAAUGGUGGCGGCCGUGAAGGCAUGCGGGCUGGGCAUCGACUUCACCGCGGCCUCGCGAGUCGUCAUGCUGGAUGCUCUCUGGAACCCGGCCUCUGACCAGCAGGGUAAGGUGCCGGGAAGUUCUCAGAGUGUGGCACUCAGGGCAGCAGCAGCAGGUGGUGCACACUCAUUGGCUGCUGUCCCUCCCUCCGCAGCAAUCUUCGUCCCCCCUCCCCACCUGCACUCCCCACAGGCCAUCUCGCGGGUGUGGCGCACAGGGCAGCAGCGGCGGGUGCAUGUGUAUCGACUGCUGCUGGAGGGCAUGGGGGAGAUCGCCUGUGCUGGCGGUCACUCUGAUUGCGAUGGGCAGCGGCUGAUUUGCCGGGUGGAGGUGCAGAGGAAUGGUGUUCCCACCACUGUACAUUUGGGUAGAUAG